CCCUUUUUUAGUAAAAGUAUCCGCCUAGUUCCAUUAGUACGAUCUCAUUUUGCUGCCCAAGUGAGGAAGCAGAAAGGCACUAGUCAAAGUGUCAAACAAUACAUUGGGCUGGGCCCUUUCGAUUUUUUCGCGGACAGUAGGUUUAUUGGAUUUGAUUAAUUAAGACUGUAAGCCCAGCCCAUUCAAUCUCAAACAAAAAUCCAACUCCAAAGCCCACCACUCUCGACAAAUUCUGAUACGCGGGACACCAACCACCAUCAUCAUCAACCUCAGUCUUUUGCUUCAAGUCAAUCAUCAUUCAUAAUUCUCCCCCAACCUUGUCAAUCUCCAACACUCCGCCAUUGUUAUGUACACUGCACCAUCAUCUUCUUCAUCUUCUUCUUCGAAUUCUCCCUUUUCAUCUCAACCACCACCAUGCCCAUCAACAAAGUCAAAGUCAAACCCACCUCCCAUCUUCAUCUCCUCCAUCUUCUUCCCAUCCUCCCAAUUCUCUUCCCACUGAGUCAGUCAAUCCUCCAGAAACCACCUCCCCUCCCGAUCCUCCCUCUCCCCUCCGCUCCCCAGCUCCAAUGGCAGCUCUCCGACAUGGCCAUGUUCCUCCAUUUCGGGCCCAACACCUUCACCGACUCCGAAUGGGGCACCGGCCACGCAGACCCAUCAGUCUUCAACCCGACCCGAUUCAACGCCACCCAGUGGGUCCAAGUCGCCAAAGACUCCGGCUUCAACCGCGUCAUCCUCACCGCCAAGCACCACGACGGAUUCUGCCUCUGGCCUUCCGCCUACACCAAUUACUCCGUCAAAUCCAGCCCCUGGAGGAACGGGAAUGGCGAUGUGGUCGGCGACCUAGCCGCCGCCGCCAGCAAGCUCGGAGUCUCUUUAGGGCUCUAUCUCUCCCCCUGGGAUCGCCACGAGGAUUGCUACGGCAAGACCCUGGAGUACAAUGAGUUCUACAUGGCUCAGAUGACAGAGUUGUUGACUGGGUAUGGUGAGAUUAAGGAGGUGUGGUUGGAUGGGGCAAAAGGGGAAGGGGCUAAAGACAUGGAUUACUAUUUUGAUACCUGGUUUGAUCUCAUCCAUCAGCUACAACCUGGAGCUGUGAUAUUCUCUGAUGCUGGUCCUGAUACUAGGUGGGUUGGUGAUGAAGGUGGUGAAGCUGGAUUCACUUGCUGGUCUCUCUUCAACAGGAGCGAUGCCAGUAUUGGUGGCACUGAUACCAGAUAUUCGCAGGGUGGAGACCCGUAUGGGCACGAUUGGGUGCCUGCAGAAUGUGAUGUCUCGAUCCGGCCAGGAUGGUUCUGGCACCAGUCGGAGGCACCCAAGUCCGCAAGGCAGCUUCUCGACAUAUACUACAAAUCUGCAGGCAGAAAUUGUCUCCUGCUGUUGAAUGUCCCUCCGAACACUUCGGGUCUCGUAUCAUCUGAAGAUGCGAGAGUGCUUCGUGAGUUCUACGAGCUACGGAGGUCCAUAUUCUCGUACAACCUCGCUGCUAACUCCACUCCAAGCGCCAGCAGCACGAGGGGUGGCAGCAGCAGUUCUCGGUUUGGGGCCUCCAAUGUGUUUAGUGAAGGUGUGUAUACGUACUGGGCGCCUGAGGAGAAUCGGUCGAAUUGGACGAUUCAUAUGGACCUUGGAGGACCGGUGUCGUUCAAUGUGUUUCGAGUUCAGGAGCCGAUCCAGAUGGGGCAGCGGAUCAUUGCUUUCCAUAUGGAGGUGUUGAAUGCAGCUGGGCAAUGGAAGGUAGUUGCAAAGGGAACCACGGUUGGAUAUCAGCGACUGUUGCAGUUCAGAACUGUGCAAGCUGAGCAGUUGAGGUUUGUGGUGGAUGGGAGCAGGGGAGAUCCGCUUGUAGCUUAUAUUGGUGUUUAUAAGGACCAGUAUUUGGACAGCGGAAGUUCGCAAAGAUUCUUCAAUGGCACCGCCAGUCAAGUGAUCCUGGAAAAAGUAGGCUGCAAACAUUCUCAUCUAGCUGCAGCAGUGUAACAAAUGUGCUCUUCUCAAUUCAUAACUUGUAUGUAAUAAGAUGAUGUAACAAUCUGUCUGUACAAUUUAUAAAUGAAGGUUUCUUCUUAGUAACUUUGUUGAAUAUAUGUGGUCAAGAUUAAGCAGAAAAGGUAAAUACAAAACAAGUUAACACCUGAGCUGCUGCACAAGCCAUUUGCUCCGGCAUACCUUAGAACAACAAGUUGAGGUCAAAAUGCAGGCAUAAAAUUGGCCUUCACAGAUCACAGGAGAGUCCAGCAUCCUUCACCAGAAACCUCUCCACAAAACUCCGUGGCGACGACAGAAGCCAUUCCAACAAGUAUCUCGUCUGCUCGCAACUAUCAUCAUCUACAGCUCGUACAAGUAAUCUAUGUGUAACAAAGGACUGCCAAACCAAAGGCAUAAACUCACGAUAUGAAGAAUUCUGGGUAACAUCAUUGCUUCCACUUCUAUCCCCUCCAAGUACAGUUGCCUUGGUAACCAUAACAAGCAUAGGAUGCACCACAAGAACCUUCUUCAUCUCCCUAACAACAGCUUCGACUAUACUAUCAAGUGAAAUGCCUCUUCUCCCAUUACAACCCGGCAAAGAUUUUGCAGCAGAAGAAACUGCCCUGUCCAUCCAAUGAAACGCCCCAAUGUUGUCAAUCAUCAAACAAUGAACUCCACUACCCUCCUCAACUUCUUCUUCUACCACCCUCUCAACAAGCUGAUGAUGCAAUGUCUUGAGAGCGCUGAGAAACUCCAAACUGCUGUAACAACGAACGUAUAGGAAUCUCUUCAUGCACAGUGAAUGCAGUUCUUCACCAUCAUCAAACAGUAAUCCACUACCUGCUUCAGUAAUUCGCAGUUUCAGCAAGUGGGAUAACCGCAGCACAUCGAAUUUACAGUCCAAGUCGAUGUACACGACCAGGCGGUCCAAUCCGCCAUAGUCGACUCCUUUCCACUGACCUGGGAGGAUGCAGUCGAUUGCGGCGUGGAUUAGGAUGUGGGUUUUGGCAGAAGGGGAAGGCCCAGUUAUCUCGACCACGUUGCCGGCGCGGAGAGGGAGCCGGUGGAGAGGUGGACGGAAUUGGAAAGGCGGGGACUUGGUAAGAACCCUAGAGAGCAUUUCUUUGGCUGUCUCGUCGGUUUCGAUCCAAGCUCUGGCUGCCAUCUUGUAGCUAGCAUUGGAGCUGAGCCCCGCCGAUUUCAGCUCAACCAGGUCAAGUGGGGAGAAAUUGGUUGAACUCUUCGUUGAGGUGACAUCGAGUAGAGCUAGAAGCGACUGUUCAUUCGUUCUUGACGCAGUAAAAAA